AUGGAGCUGUUCAAAGCCAGGCGGGAGACAGCGCUGCCAGCCUGGCUGGUCUGUGGGGGGAACUCCCGCCUUUGGGACUCCCACUGCCUCAGGGCAGCAGAGGUGAAAAUCGCCUUGAAGCCUUUAUUUCUUCCCGGCGAGACACCGCUGUUGGCAGUGGCGGGGGCCGCAGGGGGCUUGGGGAGGCGCAGCUCCGACCGCCGAACACAAACUCGCGGCCGCCAUUUUCCGUUCCCUCAGCGGCCCCGGCCCCUCGCCCCCCGGUCCCGCCACUGCGCGUGCGCGGGGGGCGGGGCAGCGCGGGCGCGUGCGCCCCGCCCCUAUAUAAGGGCGGGCGCGGGCGGUGCCGGGGGCGCCGCAUUGCAGACGAGCGCGGAGGGGGAAGCGAUGGCGCGGCCGCUGAUCCUCGGGCUGCUCAGCCUCCUCGGGCUCCUGGCCGCGGCCGUGGCCAGCCCUGUGCUGUGGCAGAAGGAGUGUGCCAAGGGGCCCGAGGUGUGGUGCCAGAGCAUUCGCACGGCGUCGCAGUGCGGGGCGCUCAAACACUGCCAGCAGAACGUCUGGAGCAAGCCUGCCGUGAGCAGUAUUCCCUGUGACUUGUGUAAGGAGCUUGUGACAGUUGCUGGCAAAAUCAUAAAGGAUAAUGGCACUGAGGAUGAGAUCCGCUCCUACCUGGAAAAGACCUGCGAGUUUCUUCCUGACCCAGGCCUCGUCUCUGAGUGCAAAGAAAUUGUGGAUUCCUACCUACCAGUAAUCAUGGAUAUGCUCAAGGAGGAGCUUGACAAACCCGAGGUCGUGUGCAGUGCCCUUGCUCUGUGCCACUCCCUGCAGAAGCACCUUGCCUCAAUGAAGCUCCAGAAGCAGCUGCAGACCAACAAGAUCCCAGAGCUGGAUUUCUCUGAGCUGGCAUCCCCGUUCAUGGCUAACGUGCCUCUUCUCCUCUACCCUCAGGAGGAGAAGCCCAAGCAGAAGCCUAAGGCCAGUGGGGAUGUGUGCCAGGAUUGCAUUCAGCUGGUCACUGAUGUUCAGGAGGCUGUGAAGACAAACUCCUCUUUUGUGAAAUCCUUGGUUGCUCAUGCCAAGGAGGAGUGUGACCGUUUGGGACCUGGCAUGUCUGAUAUGUGCAAGAGCUACAUCUCUGAGUAUUCUGACCUGGCCAUCCAGAUGAUGAUGCACAUGCAACCCAAGGACAUUUGUGCCAUGGUUGGGUUCUGUCCUUCUGUGAAGUCUGUUCCCCUUCAGCCUCUGGUGCCCGCUCAGGUGGUUCAUGAGGUGAAAAUGGAAAUUGUGGAGAAGGCCACAGUUCAAGAGAAGGAGAAGACUUUUUCCUUGUGUGAAAUCUGUGAGACGAUGGUGAAGGAAGUGACUGGCCUCUUGGAGAGCAACAAGACAGAGGAGGAGAUUGUGCAUGAGAUGGAGGUGGUGUGCCGCCUGUUCCCGGGCAGUGUCAAGGACCAGUGCAAGGACUUCAUCGAGGUCUAUGGCCAGGCUGUGAUUGACAUGCUCUUGGAGGCAACAAAUCCUGAAGCUGUGUGUGCCAUGCUGAAAUGCUGUGCAGCCAGCAAGCUCCCCCAGCAGCCAGUUGUGGUGAAACCUGCAGGUGGCUUCUGUGAUAUCUGCAAGAUGGUGGUGGCUUAUGCAGACAAAGAGCUAGAGAAGAAUGCCACGACAGCUGAAAUUGAAGCUUUGCUGGAAAAAGUCUGUCACUUCCUGCCAGAGUCUGUCAGUGAGCAGUGUGUGCAGUUUGUGGAGCAGUAUGAACCCGUGGUUGUGCAACUCUUGGCAGAGGUGAUGGAUCCCACUUUUGUUUGCACUAAACUUGGAGUGUGUGAGUCAGCUAAAGAGCCUCUCCUGGGGAAUGAUGCCUGUGUCUGGGGUCCAGGCUACUGGUGUAAGAACAUGGACACUGCUGCUCAGUGCAAUGCUGUUGAUCACUGCAAACGUCAUGUGUGGAACUAAAAGAAGAAUUUCCAGUUCUGAAAGUUUGCCAUGGCUCUUAGGAAAUGUGGGCCGAGGUUGGCAGAGAGCUGUAUCUCACCUGUCCCUCCUCUCUGCCUCAUUAACAAUUUGACCUUCAAGUUCCUUUGUUGUAACUCUUCUGUAGCAGUGCUGCUGUUGAAGGAUCAGAUUUUCAUUGUUGACUUAACAAAGAUACUUCUGAUUGUACAGUUUAACCCAUUAUGCUCCUAAAAAUAGUCAGUGUGUUGUAGAUUUUUUUUUUUUUUAAUUGGUAGGCUGAAGUGUUUAUGUGCUGGGAAGAAUGACAGAGAUUGUGAAAUGAGACAAGGCUCUUAUCUUUUAAUUUUUUAAAAAAAGAGCAAGAUAGCAGCUAAACUUUCAAAUGUCUUUCUGUAGGCAGCAUUGGGAAGGUUUUACGUGCUUUGCAUUUUUAACAUCUGGCUGGAAUGUUUAUUUUCUGUGUAUGGGAACUCUAAGGGAUAAUGUUGAAUCUGGGAAUCCUUUUGGCUGGAAUUUUCAAAGCUCUGCAGAUGCAGAGGAGUGGGCUUUGUGUGCCCUGCUACCUUUCCAAGUCACUGGUAAUUAAAAAGAUGCAUUUGAAUGAUCAGCCUUUUGCAUUUGAGUGACCACGCUUGUGGCUCGUGGCGUUGUUCUAGCUAAGGAAAGCCCUCCCCCAGCCUUUGAUCACAUCCUUCUGAUUUCCUUGGGCUGCUCAGCCCCAGCACGGGUGUUCUGCUGCCAAGCCCAGUCCCGUGGGAUGUCAGUUUCCUGAAGCAUGCUGGUGUACCUGAGGCAUGACUCCCUUUUUCCUUAUCCUGGUUGCUCAAUCCUGCUUGGUCUUGGAGCUUCCCACAGGCAGCCAGCUGGGUGCUGAGGAGGUAGCAUGAGCUGGCACUGGCAGAUGGAGGAGGAUCAAGCCAGCAGGAGCUGGGAGCAUGUCAGAGGGAGCUCAGCACCGAGGGUGGAAUCUGUGGAAAAACGGGUUUCAUUGUAACCUGUUUGUUCCCUGCUCUGCUUUUCCUCUCACACCAUAUUUCAGUCAUCUAAAGCUUGAGAGGUGCUGUGAGGCCUGGGGGCACCUCCCACUGCUGCCCACCCACUGUCCCUGACGCCCUGCUGAGUAACUGCAGGUAUGGAUUGUUACCCAGAGCUCCCAUUCCUGCUGUGAAAUGCAGCAAGCACAGAUGGCAGGUGCUAGGAGCACUAGAGGAGACAUUUAAAGCUCUGCUGGCACACUUGACAGCCUGCCUUUCACACCUCUCUGAAAUUCCGCUGAAAUGGCCUAAAAUCCCCAAAAAAAGCCUUCAAGGCAGGCUUGCUACCCUGGGAGCAUGGCAGGCUUUGGGGUGAGGAUCCUGCUUGUGCUGCUUGGGGCAGACCUUGCAUUGGGUGUGCAUUUCUGAUCAGGUAAAUCCCCAGAGCAGGGGCACUGAGGUAGCUCUGAGCAGACCUUUGGGAAGGAGCAGCUGGGCAGAUGUGGAGCUUUGAAAAUUCCAGCCCUGUUCAGAAAGAUUCUGGUAACUCCUGCUGUUCCUGUGGUGUGUGGGGCGUGCAGGAGCUCCAGUAACAAUGCUGUAGCAGCAAGUAGAGUAUUUGUCAUUGGAAAACCACUGGACUGCAGGUCUUUAGUUGAUCUGUGUGCAUAGUAGAAGCCUGGGCAGUGCUGGCAGAUGGCAACAGAGGUUGUUCUCCCCUGUCUCCUGAACGCUGAAGCACUCAUGGCUUUAUAGAAGAGGAAAAAAAGAGGAAAAUUUCCCCUAAAGACAUUAAAUACCUACAGCUUUCUGUCCUGGCAGGCUUGUGCAGUGGUUUGGUGGUGUAUCCCAGAUGGAGCAGAUGGCAGAUGGGCUCUGUCCCUCGGGCAGUGCUGCCCUGGAGGGACAGGCUGUGUGACACCAGGGCACGGAGUGUGGCAUUUGGUGUUUUAACCUGGAUGGUGUGGGUCUUUCCUGGGGGAGGUGGGGCUGCACUGACAGCCUGGCAGGGGCGUGGGAAGGUUUUAUUUUCCUGGGGUUUUAGUAGGAUUCAUGCUGGGCAAGGUGAGCCAGGGGAAGUCCUGUGCUGCUGCUGCUGCUAGGAGUCCCUUUAGUUUUCUCCCUUCCUGUGGACUGUGGCACCCGACCUGCUUGAGUCAUGCUGGGGGGACACUGUGCAGUUGCUUUCUAAAGAACAUGGUCUUGAUUUUUUUUUCUUUUUUUUGGUCUUUUUUUUGGUUUUUUUGCACAAAAGCUUCCUUAAUGAACAAUAAAAACUUCUGUAAACCGA